UUUCUUAUCGAGGCCUCUGGCCAAACACCGGAGCCAGGAUAUAAGGAGCGGGGCCGGGAUUGGAGGCACAUUUUCCGUGAGCUCCCACCAUGAAGCUGCUCCUGCUCCUCGUCCUUGUGGGCCUGGCCCAGGGCUUCCAGACCAGGGUGCCCCUGAGGAAGAUGAAGUCGCUGCGGCAGAGGCUGCGGGAGCAGGGAUUGCUGGAGAGUUACCUGGAGCAGCAUCCCUACAACCUGGCUGCCAAGUAUUUCCCGGGCAUCACCGUGGAGCCCCUGGAGAACUACAUGGAUGAUGAGUACUUUGGCACCAUCUCCAUUGGGACCCCACCUCAGGAAUUCACCGUGGUCUUUGACACUGGCUCCUCCAACCUCUGGGUUCCCUCAGUCUUCUGCUCCAGCCCAGCCUGCAGGAACCACAACCGCUUCAAUCCCGCGGAAUCCUCCACAUUCCUCAGCACCAAUGAGACCCUGUUCAUCGCCUACGGCACGGGAAGCAUGACUGGAGUCCUGGGAUACGACACCGUCAACGUUGCUGGCAUCAGCGUCCGCAACCAGAUUUUUGGGCUGGCUGAGACAGAGCCAGGGGAUUUCUUCUACUACUCCCCCUUUGACGGCAUCCUGGGGUUGGCAUUCCCAAGCAUUGCCUCCUCCGGAGCCACCCCUGUCUUCGACAACAUGAUGAUGGAAAACCUUGUGGAUAGUCAUCUUUUCUCUGUCUACCUGAGCAGGGAUGACAAAGGAGGGAGCUUUGUCCUCUUUGGUGCCAUCGAUCCCUUCUACACCACCAAAGGCAUCUCCUGGAUCCCACUCUCUGCUGAAACCUACUGGCAGAUCACCAUGGAGAGCGUCUCUGUCAGCGGGACUCCAGUGGCCUGUUCCUCGGGAUGCCAGGCCAUCGUGGAUACAGGAACCAGUCUGCUGGCUGUUCCUAUGCGGGCCUUCCGGACCCUCAUGAAGCACCUUGGUGCCAGCUCCAGUGGUGAGAUCAGCUGUGAGGCCACCAAAAACCUUCCCAGCCUCAUCUUCCAUAUCAAUGGUCAAGAAUUCCCAUUGCUGCCCAGAGCCUACGUGGUAAAGCAGAGUAACGGGUACUGCAGCCUGGGAUUGCAAGGCAUGGAUGUGCCCACGGAGGAGGGCGAGCUCUGGAUCCUGGGGGAUGUCUUUAUCCGGGAGUAUUAUGUCAUCUUCGACAGGGCCAACAACAAGGUGGGGCUGUCCCAGCUGCCGUGAGCUGGGAUGGGAAUCCCAGGUGUCCCUAACUCGGUGGCUGGCAGGGCUUGUCCCUUUCCCAGCACUCCUUCCACCACUGAGGACAAUAAAGUUGUGGUGAAGCA